AUGCUGCCGCCGCCCGCCUCAGCGGGGCGCGCCGGCCGCGGGAGGCGCCGCGCCGCUAGGCCGGGAGCGCGGAGCCCCGGGGGCCGGCGGCGGCCCGGGCCCGGCCCUCCCCUGCUCUCCCCCCGCCGCUACCGGGGCCGGCCCCGCUGUCUGCGCCGCGGCCGCUCAGGCGGGGCCCCUGGCGGCCGAGCGCAGGCCCUGCCCGGCACCCCGCCCGCCCCGUCACGCCGGCUCGCAUCCCCGCCGCCGAGGUCGCCGGGCGGACCGCGGGGCCCGGCGGGCGCCUGCCGCCGCCUCAGCCGCGGCGCUGGGGCCCGGACGAGGGUCGCGGAGCCCGCUCUCCCCGCAGCCCCGCGGCGGCCGUUCCCUGCGGCUGCAGCGCCGGAGCCGGUGCCGGGCCGCGGGACGGAGGCGCGGCCGAACGCGGGGCGCGCCGUGAUGCAAUGGCGGCCGCGCUCUACCGCACUGCCGGGAGGAGCCGCCACCCCCGAAACGCCGCCGCUGCGGGAGCCGGGCGGGGGCGGGGCGGGGCGGGACCGUGCGGGGCGGCGGGGGCGGCCGGCGGGGAGCCCGGCGCUGAGGGGAGCCCCGGUUCCUGCAGGGAGCCCGGGGCUGAGGGGAGCCGGGGGCUGA